GUAAUCAAUGAAGCGUUGUGAGGGACGUGGAUAGAUAUUUUGUUAUAUUUGCUCCGUAUUCAGUUGCUUUCGUCUUAUAUCGAAUCUAAUCAGUUUCUAAUGGAACAUAUUAGGAUGUUAUAUCUCUCGUCGUUGGUAGUGCUAUUGUUUUGUCGGUGUAAUGGUAAAAUUGGUGGAAUGGCAAAGGGUGGGCCAGCAGGUUACCCACGUUUGCAUUUUGGUGCUAAUGAAGUAGGAAAUAUGAGAGAGUUACGAACAGUAUCUAUUCAAGUUCACCAAAUGCUUGCAAUGGAAAUGGAAAAUCCUUUACUGUGGAGGGAGUCUAUUCUUCCACCAACCGACUAUGAAACGUAUGUUAAUUCUUGGAGAAGAAGGUACAGUGAUAAUUUACCAACUAUGGCUUUCUUCUCACUUUUAAAGAAUGAUCAGAGAUCAUUAAAUCAGGUAGUUCAGUAUUUCAAUAGAUUAUCUGGUCUUGAUCGUUGGUCUUUAGAUAAAAAUAAUGAAUCAGAUGAAUACAGCGGAACAGUUCUGUUGUCUUUUGCAACUGCCGCAGAUUUUAUUCUAGGAAAUGCAAACCUUCCGAAAAAAGAAAAAUCUAUCUAUUUGAACAAGAUACAAGUUGAAGCCGAUAAUUUAUAUCGCGAAAUCUUAAAGCCUAAUUGUCCUUGGUCUAAAAAACUGUUGAAUGCGAGAACCUUACGUAGUUAUUUAUCUCUACUAGUAAGCUCAAUAAUCAUACCGAACGCUCCCAAUUCAUAUAAAUGGCAAUUGGCUGCAAAUUCUCAUCUUGAAAGUUGUUUACAUGUACUUAAAAACGUUAAAGACGGUUCCAUACCAGGUGCAGCAAAUAUGAGAGAAUUCCUUGAUAUUUCGGGUACAUUAUUAAAGUUUUUGACUUUGGUUAAUCGUCAUUUCCAAUCAAAAUAUCUGUUCAUCUAUUGGUCAAGAAUGCAUAGUCUACUUUACAAGUAUGUAGUUGUUCCAAUUUUAAAAGAAUCUCCAGAAACGUAUAGAGAAUCUUGGACGCUAGGUCCUGGAUAUCAACUUGCUCUCAUGAGUUCCCGAAUUUUAAAAGACUCAUCAAUGAAUGAUCUUGUCGAUUCAAUUAGGGACAAUAGGGCAAUCAUUUCUGCGCGACUGAGACAUACAGACUUUGGUUCUCUCUGGAUGGAAUAUAUUUAUUAUAAACAGCCUCUUCCGGCUCCUAAACCAGCAAAAAAUUCGUUCUAUUUCUUUUCGGAUAGAGGUGUCUUUAGUUCAGUUACAGACGAUUUGUUUGUAUAUACUUUUGCUGGGAAUCCUAUGGGACAACAAAUUACUGACUUAAUAGCAAAAGGAAAGUAUUCCAUUGAUCAAUUUUCUAAACCGAGGCUUCGAAAACGCCAACAAGGAUCAAUAAUAUUAUCUUUUCAGCACAAUGUUUUUAUAACUGGAACUGAUCUAACGAUGGCCUUCUCACCUUCUUUGAAGCCCAACUGCUACGGGACUAUAGCUGGUCAAUUGGGCUCCUGCCCCCAGUUCUCAAAAUUACCCAAAGGGGAAUUAUUAAUUGGGUUAGAGCGUAAAGGUUACGUUUAUUCUAGAGCAGAGUUAGUUGAAACUUACGAUUUAGCUUUAGGCUUAAAAUCUGUUCAAAGAUCUUUAUUAGCUAGUAAAAACAUGGCUAUUAUCUAUGAUAGAAUAGUUUUGCGAGAGACUUCAAAACUUGAGCAUGUGCAAGUAUAUUUUGAAAAUUUAGAGAGUGGUUGGAAGGAAAAAGAUUGGAAGGAUUAUAAAGGAUUAACUGCCGGAAAUUCCGAAAUGUUUUAUACAAUUGUCCAUGGACAAUCCCCAAAAUCUUCUAUAUACCGAAAUAAUCAAUUAGCUAAUAUAACUUUUCCAAUCUCUUCUUCAGAAUUAGAUGUUAUUUAUAUUAUUAACAACAAAGCUCAACCAGUAAGAUCAUUUCAAGCUGACUUUGUAGAAAGGGAAAUUCUUCAGAUUUCACUUAAAUUUGAUCAAAUAUCUUAUGACAUAAAAAUAUCUUUGGAUCCUGUGUUCGUCAGAGAUCUUUGUAGUGUAUCCUCAACUGAUGGUCAAUUCGUUCAAUUUCAAAAGACUGAUUUAUUAGUUUCGCUUAUUGGGAGGCAACCAAUUAAAAAGUAUAAAAGGCAAUUGGAGAGCAUAGCGAAAGCGCCGAAGAAAGGUCUUGAUCGAAAAAUUAGAGACUUAUCUUUAGCGAACCCCAAUAGAAAACCUAUAGGCAAAGAACGAAAGAAGCAGUGGGGGCAAUAUAAUAUGAUGAGAAAAGGACAGGUUGAUGGAAAAAGUGCUGAUAUUCCACCCAAUGCAUCUAAACUCAAACCGAAAGGGAGAGAAGGAAAAUUCAUUAAUCGACGUCAAAAUAAUACAAUAAAUUAUAAGCGGAUAAGGAAUAAUACGAAAUCUCAAAAUAAAUCAUAUAAAAAGGGUAAAUUAACUAAUCAUAGACUUGGAAAGACUCCGUACCACAAUUUAAAAACGAUGCCUGUUGCUAGGAAUAAAUUAUCGGAAGGGAGGAAACUAGGGAAAAGUUUUGAGACAAAUUCAAUUUUAAUGUCUGAGAGAGAGAGUCUACGAAAUUCUAAUAAUCUGAUUCAUUCUAGAAAUAAUAAUAUAUCAAACUAUCCGUUAGAAGGCGGAAAAUUCAAAAGUGAAACUGUUAAAAAUGAAUUUAACCCAGCGAAAAUGAUUGAGGGUGAAAUUUUUAAGGAAGGGAACUCAUCUGACAUACAUUUAAAACGUAUAAACGAUUUGAAAUUAAAGAAAUUUACAGUGGAAGCGAAGAAGAAAAAAUUUGGAUUCACACCAUCGAAAUAUGACGAUUUUAACGAUGAUAACCUGGCCGCCAUUCUAAAUAAGCCUGUACCGGUUAGGGAAGUAUAUGAAGAGGAUAUAGGAUUCAAUUACAUAUAUGAUGAAGAUUCUGGAGUAGGUAAAUCCUGUUUAGCUCAUAGAUUCGUUCAGGAUUCCUUUAAUUCAAGAGCAGAGUCAACUAUUGGGGCGGCUUUCCUGACAAGGGUAAUUGUGGUGGAUGAUACUCAAUUCAAAUUGCAAAUAUGGGAUACAGCGGGUCAGGAGAAGUACAGAUCGUUGGCGCCUAUGUAUUAUAGAGGGGCUCAAGCUGCCAUAAUUGCUUAUGACAUUACACAAGCCUCGUCCUUUCAAACUCUGAGAUAUUGGAUCGAUGAAUUGCAUAAACAAGGUCCAGCUGAUAUUGUUCUAGCAAUAAGCGGUAAUAAAUCGGAUAUGAAAGACCAACGAAAAAUUGCAACCCACAUCGGUAAAGCCGAAGCGGAUGCAGUUAAUGGAAUAUUUAUGGAAACUAGUGCAAAAAAUGACGAGAACAUAAAGGAAUUAUUUGAUGAAAUAUGUCGACGGAUGCCUAAAACUAAAAGAGUGGUUGCCGGUCAAAGUGCUGUGCAAUUAAAGAAACCUGCAGGAAAGAAGAAGUGCUGUCCAACUUAG